CUCGCGCGCACUAAUUAGGCUUGAUUCGUAACUCACGAUCAAAGCAAAAUAUAAAUAGACAUCGAUAGACCAUUGCUAACUCAAGAACAUAUGUAUAUGAACCAUCCGUUUUAAAAUUACUUUUGAGUUACAAAUUUUUUUGAUAAAGAAAGAAAAAUAAUAACCACUUAAGUUUUCACGUGUUUCCAUGCAAAUGAAUGCUGACUAAGGUGAACGCGGGCUCACAUCAAGCCGGUAAACAGAACCUCAGUCAAUCAAACAUUAGAGAAAAACUUUACRCGAAGUUUCGACAAAAAAAGGCAGUGUAGUUCUUCAAAAGUUCUAUAAAGGAAUCAAGAUGGAGCCGGGACUAAAACUUGGCAUAGUUUAUAUCGGAAAGGCAGGGGGAAAGCACAAGUAUUCUUUAGUUGAUGAAAAAGAUAUACCUCUAGUUAAAAAAUUUCGUUUUGAGGCUAGGGUUGAUAUAGAUAGAGAUGGUAACGGAGCCAAGAUUUAUGCAUAUGCAUAUGAUAUCAACAAAGAUAAAACAAGAGGAUGUUAUUUUCAUGAUUAUAUUUGGGAAAGGCACUGUGGAGGAAUUGCUCCUGGUUUUAAAGUAGUGCACAAAAAUGGUGUAACUGUUGACAAUCGACUACAUAAUUUAGCUAUAGUGACAAAUGGUAGAAGAUAUAGAAGAUUACACCAAGAAAAAAUUGCAUGUGGAUCUAGUGAACCAAGUGGYGAUCAAAGUUUGUAUUGGACAGCUGUUUCAAGGCUGCCACCAUUUGAAGCACAAGAUGAGGAACUAAUCAAUGCGAGUUACAACAAAUUUUAUAAUGCAAAUGGAGAUUUAGUAAGAGAAGAAGAAGAUUCUUCUUCAUUCUACGAAUGCCAUUUUGCUCCCUGUACAAAAAUAGAGCAUGAGCUUCAAGAAUUCAGCAUUUGUGGUCGUUGUCAACAAGUUCGAUAUUGUGGAACACUUUGUCAACAGAGAGACUGGCCCAGUCACAAGAAAUAUUGUAAAGAAAAAGCAAGGCAAAGGCRUUAUCAAAGUACUCCUGAUAGAUAGGGUUAUUGUUGGAAGAUUUAUAUUAGAAGGGUUUCAACAAACCUUUUCCCAUUGUUCUCCGUGUUUCAUAAUAUUCUACUGUCCAUUACAUAAUUUUUCCUUUUAUUCAUUUAGAAUCUAAUAUUGACAUUUAUUUCGAUAAUUUUUUUGUCUGGGAUACUCUGACAGUCCAUAGUUAAGCACACUAUAUAAUUACUGAUCUUAUCAAAAUCCAUUGUUUUCAGUCUGCAUUAUCCCAACGAAUGCAUAGAGGAAAAUCAGACAUAUUUAGUUCAUUCAUUAUUGGCUUUGUUUCUAUGAUAAACAAGCUAGAAAGAAAACAAUUAGAUUUUGAUAAGAACARUAAUUAUACUAGACAAUUACUGAGGCACGCAGCAUUCGUAGGUAUAAUGCAGGCUACGCCCUCAGCUGCCUGCAUUAUACCUACGAAUGCUGCGUGCCUCAGUAAUUAUCUAUUAAGUAGUUACCUGUUACCUAUCCUCCUCACGACUCAUGCCACAUAGGGCUUUUACAGAGUUUACCUUUCCCUGUCAGCCGCCACAGUCUGCACCUCGACCCAUGAACUCCAGCCUGAAGYACUUUGUAGUAGUAAAAGAUAAUCGUGUCAUACUUUGUACAUUAUUUCAAUAUUUAAAAAAAUGUUAAUUGUAAUUAUAAAUUCAAACUUGUACCAACAACAACGACAGUACGAGUUCCACCAUUACAAGAUCACUUGCCAGGUGGCGGCCUUAAUUGAUAGAGAACACAGACAUGGAAACAAUGAUGUUGGCAUGUUUUCAAAAURGUUUUUCAUGUGCGCAUGCCAUCAUUCUUGAAGUUGCAUCCUCUCUUGUUCAUUUUUUUGAGAGAUUGGCAAUGCAGAGGACAAUGCCACCCACACAUGAAGAACUGUUUUGAAAACAUACUUGUGUCAAGGUUUCAGGAUCUGCUUCCUAUGAAAGAAAACCUUUUUGUUUUAAUUCUGUAUUACAUGUAAGAUAUUAUGUAGUUUGUAUGAUUAUAGAAUACCCUGCAAUCAUUUGYACAUAUUUAAUAACCACAACUUCUAUUGUUGUAUGUGUCGUUCUACAAAAAAUUCUGACAACUGCAUAUCACUUGUGGGGUAUUCUAUAAUUGCUCCUAAUAGUUAUUAUUUGUCCAGUUUCUCAUUGUCUUCCAUAUUAAAUUUUUGCUAAUCACAGAAGUGCAAGCCAAAAUGCUAACAUUAUGAUCAGAACUAAUACCAGUGUAGGAUGUGAUAGUAUUGUAAUAUUAUUGUAUAUCAAUUAGAAAAUAAAGUUAAUAAAUCAUCUAUCUAACAACA